UGACUCUAUCAAGGGCGUCCCUGGUUUCCUAUUUCACCAGAGGCUGCGCCCAGCGAUGAUUAAGUCUGGAAAGAUGGAGAUGGAGAUGGAGGGACGGGCGGACUCGAAUCUCAUCACCGAAGCAUAAGGAGCGCGCCAGCUUGUUUAAUUUUAGGUUCCUGAAGGGGACACAAAGAGAGGAUGACUUUCCAUAGUGGUCAGCACCCUGAGACGUUGACAUAUGAAGAGUGACCCCAGCUGGACAGAGUCACCAAGACUGGAGGAGUGGACUGGGGAUUUAGCUCAGCCGUUCUGCCACCUGCCUCACAAGCACAAGGACUUGCCAUUGUGGGAUCCCAUGGCCGCCUCUCCUGCACUCUGUGGCCCCUUGGCCUGUGUUAUCAGAGCACUCGGCUGGCACGCUUUCAGCACCACAGGCAGCAUUGAUGCAAUCCAGAAGCUGACGCGGGUGCGCGUAGUGGACAACAGUGCCCUGGGCAACACCCCAUACCACCGACCUCCCCGCUGCAUCCAUGUCUACAACAAGAGUGGGGUGGGCAAGGUGGGUGACCGGAUCCUGCUAGCCAUCAGGGGGCAGAAGAAGAAAGCGCUCAUCGUGGGGCACCGCAUGCCUGGCCCCCGGAUGACCCCCAGGUUUGACUCCAACAAUGUGGUCCUCAUCGAGGACAAUGGCAACCCUGUGGGGACUCGGAUUAAAGUGCCAGUGCCCACGAGCCUGCGUCGGAAGGAGGGCGAGUACUCCAAGGUGCUGGCCAUAGCACAGAACUUCGUGUGAGCGGCGAUCCCAGCCUGCACCUGGCUGAUUGGAGGACAGUGCCCCCCUGGGGUGGGGGACGGUAUUGUCUGCGGGAAUAAACAUUGUUGUGCAC